AAUCACUUCUUCAUGUCGUCGCUGGAUGCAAGACCUACCUAAAUGAAGGACGUUUCACGUGGCGUCAUGAUUCGGUGCUUAACUUCAUAGCAUCCAUACUUAAAUCUGUGAACCAUUGUAACCUUUAUGCUGACCUUCCUGGCUAUAUCAGUCCAUCUGUUAUCACCGGAGAUGAAUUGCGCCCUGAUCUUUUGAUAACACUUGAAAACAAAUGUAUUUAUAUACUUGAACUUACCGUCGGAUUUGAAUCUAAUCUCCUCACUAAUCGAAAAAGACAAAAAUAUCAAGAUCUAAUUAACGAACAGCUCAAAAAUUAUGAAAAAGUGAAAUUUGUAAAUUUAUCGAUUAGCUCAUUAGGAGUUUUCAGCCACCCGUCGCUAGAUUUCACCGAAAUGCUGAAGGAUCUAAAGUUUGAUGAACAUGUAGAAAGUACUAUGUUCGGAAAAUUAUUAAUAUAUGUAUCAGGUCCUCGUAUUAUAUAUUCUGUAAACGUAACAAAGAAUGGGAUAACCCACAACUAAUGUCAUACUAAUAUUGUUAUUAUGUAGAGCGUUAAUUCAAGUAGACACUGGUAAACUACCUGUAAAGAGAGGUUUAUCAUUGUAGUGUGUAUAUAUAUUAUUGAAAGUAAUAAAGUUUCCAUUAUUAUUACUAUUAUUAAAUUAUUAUUAUUAAAUUAUUAUUAUUAUUAUUAAAUUAUUAUUAUUAUUAUUAUUAUUAUUUAAAAUUUAUAAUCAUAAAAAGAUCAUUAUCAUGAUUCGUUCAAGUUUUGUUGCCAUGUUAUUGACUUGCGUCGUCUGUUCGUUUUGUGAUGAAGACUUCGUCGCGCUCGGUCGCCAUUCGUGGCGUUGUAAACAGCGGAUUAACCAAGCAGAACGAGAUCCCCUUGACGCUACUACAAGACAAGUGCCUGUAAUGCAGUCCCCUAAUGCUCCUGUGUCAAGUCGCACGGUUGUUAAAUGUUGUUGUGGCAAGAUAUGCGGCCUUAAAAUGCAUCAGCGCAGUUGUCAAGUGAUACAUGGCCUUAACGACGAGCUUUGUGCAGAUCUUGAGGAGCAAAUAACUACAGAUAACAGCGAAAAUAUUUCAGAAAAUGAACACAACGGCAAUGAUAUUAAUACAGUUAAUUACGAUAGUUUUCCUGAGCUGAAGAAAGGCAUAAAUCUCCCGAAAAAUGAUUCUGAGUGA